UGUGAAGAACAUUUUUAUCUGCUACUGUAUAAAGAAACUUUUUGUAGAAUGGAAAGGUUCUAUAGACGUUGUUCUUCAUGGAACCAUAAAUGCCAUUAAAAAGCCUUUUAUGUUUAAGAGUGUAAGCCCUUGCAAAUGCACAAUACCCAUAACAAUUUAGAAAGCUGAAGUCAAGCAUGUAGGAAGGCAUCCUUUCAACCUGUCACUUUCAGAUGUCUGCCAUUUCUCUCAAAACAGCCUCCAACCCUGAGGCACUCUAUUUACAUGAGAACUACUGAAGUGAUCAAGAGGGAUUACCCCCGAAUGGCUAAUCCAUCUGGAAACAUGGAUAAUCGUGUUUCUAGACAUGCCCGGCCUGAGCCUGGUAUCACUGGGAUUUCAUUCUAGGAUCACAAUGGUAGAAUGCAUCAUUGGGAAACAGUGUGACACAACCACUGCACCAAACCUUUUAGUUCAAAUUAGACAACAUGUUGAAUGAACAAGAAAAGUCCCAAGAAUAGAUUUGUCCCAGAAAAAAAUACUGAUCCAUGCACACUCAUGCAGUUUACAGUACUAAUAAUAGACAUGAAUCUCAUGUGCUUCUAGGUCUUGGAAAACAAUAAACAGUGGCGGCUGCUGAGGAACCGCAGCGGUCAGUCGGGCUACGUGCCGUGUAAUGUGCUAGAAGAGGUCAAACCAGGAGAGCAGCAGUACAACCGUGCUGCUCUCUUCAACAGUCAGGCUGUGAAUCCUUACAAAGGUAUUUCCGCUGGCCCUGUAAAUCACGCUGAGGUUUUGGAGAUGAAUAAAUCCUCCAGGGAUAAAGAUAACCGCAACCAACAGAAGGAGGUAAAUGAUGAACUGCUGAAGAGGAUAACCGACAAUAAGGCCCAGCCGCCAGCUCGAAACUUUCGGGUGGAACCUUCAACUACAUCCAUGCUUAUCACAUUUGAUUCCCAGCCCUUUGAGGUCCAUGCUUGGCUCAAUGCAAAGGGCUUCUCUAGACCGGUGGUGGAAUGUCUUGGUAUUCUGAACGGGGCUCAACUAUUUUCCCUCAGUAAGGAUGAGCUGAAAGCCGUGUGCGGAGAUGAGGGUUCCCGUGUGUUCAGUCAGAUCACUGUGCAGAAAGCUCAACUAGAGAGGGGUCGUGGGGAUACAGAACUGCAGGAGAUCAUGAGGCGACGACAACAGGAGGUGGAGGGCUCAACCUGGGAAUGAUUACAGUCAAUCAGGCCAUCACUCAUGGCAUUAUUUCAUCACAUUUUCUUCAACGCUUUUGUUCGCCCUACAAUCAACAGCCACCCAGAGGAAUUCAGAACAGAUGGACUAAACAACUCCAGUCAUUAGUGAAGCCCAGUCCAGCCUAUUUCCUUUAUGACCCAUACAAUGUAGUGCUUAACACUCGUGCUUAAACUGAUGAACAUGAAUGCAUUGGGAGUGAAGUCUUUAACCUCCAUUUAUAGAGAGGAAAAUGAUUUUGAUA